AUGAGUGACAAUCAAGAUACAAAGAUAUCCAACAACAAUGGAGAUAUCACUGCUGUAUAUUACAAUGAAAUUAUCGAUGAAAAUAUUAUUUCUUCAAACGAAAAAGAAAAUUCUAACGAUCCGAAUUCUGCUGAAAGGCUUCCGACCGAAGAAAAACAUAAAAAAUCUGCUGAAACUGUAAGCUUUGGAAGUUUGUUUCGAUAUGCCACCACACUUGAUAUAAUCUAUAUGUUAGUGGGUACUAUCGGAGGUCUUGGUAAUGGUGUUCUUUUACCAAUAAUGGUUCUAGUAUUUGGAGAUCUUCUAAAUACAUUUACUGAUCGAUCUACUGAGUUAUGUAAACUUAAUUUUACAGCUCUUGCUAUUACAUAUUGUCCACCAGGUUAUCAAUUAACAGCGUCGAAUUAUUUAUCAUCACUAUCUAUUUGUCAUUUUAAUCAAACUUCAUUCGAUUUUCAAAGUCAAAUACAAAAGCAAGUACUGUAUUUAGUUGUGCUUGGUUGUAUUGGAAUUGUUGUCGGAUAUAUUCAAGUAUUAUUUUGGAGUAUGGCAGCUGAAAGACAAACAAAAGCAAUUAGAAAAAAAUUAUUUCAAUCAAUUCUUCGAAAAGAAAUUGUGUAUUUUGAUAUACAUAAAGCCGGUGAACUUAAUACAAAAUUAACAGAUGAUGUUAAUAAAAUUCAUGAUGGAAUUGGAGAUAAAAUUGGUUCAACAUCGCAAUUUAUAGCUGCUUUUUUUACUGGAUUUAUUCUUGGUUUUGCUAAAGGAUGGAAAUUAACAUUAGUUAUAUUAUCUAUAUCUCCAUUAUUAUUUACCUCAGCUGUGCUUUUUUCCAAACUUGCUUCCGGUUUGACAGCAAUGGAAUUAAAAGCUUAUGGUAAAGCAGGAGCAAUAGCUGAAGAAGUAUUUAGCUCAAUUCGUACAGUUAUAUCUUAUAAUGGACAAGAACGAGAAGAAAAAAGAUAUGAGCACCAUCUUGGUGACGCUAAAAAAAAUGGUAUAAAAAAAGGUGCAAUCAAUGGCUUUACAAUGGGUUGUGUAUGGUUUUUUAUCUAUUGUGCAUAUGCAUUAGGAUUUUGGUAUGGAGCAAAAUUAAUUCGAGAAGAAGGAUAUAAUAUUGGUAAUGUUAUCAUUGUAUUCUUUUCGAUUAUUAUUGCUAUUUUCAAUUUGGGUCAAGCUAGUCCACACUUUCAAGCAUUAACUCAAGCACGUGCUGCCGCUUAUCUCAUAUGGAAAAUAAUUGAUGAAGUAGACAAUUAUAAAUUUCAUCCAUCUAAAAUAAAUAGUGAUUCAGAAACAGGUCUGAAAAAAACUGAUCUUGUUGGUGAUAUUCGUUUUACAAAUGUUCAUUUUUCUUAUCCAUCACGACCUGGUGUUAAAAUUCUUAAUGGUAUUUCAUUUGAUGUUAAACGUGGUCAAACAAUUGCACUUGUUGGAUCAUCUGGUUCAGGAAAAUCAACAUGUGUACAAUUAUUACAACGAUUCUAUGAUACUGAUUCAGGUUCAGUUUUCAUUGAUGGUCAUCAAGUCACAGAAUAUAAUUUAAAAUGGUUAAGACAACAUAUUGGUGUUGUUAGUCAAGAGCCUAUUUUAUUUCAAGCAACUAUUCGAGAAAAUAUUUUAUUUGGAAGAGAUACAGCAACUGAUGACGAGAUUUAUGCAGCAGCAAAAAUGGCUAAUGCACAUAAUUUUAUUAUGACUUUGCCUGAUUUAAUUAUUCAAAGUAAUGCUCGUGUACCAGUAACAACAACAGUUCCAGUAGGUAAUUCAAUAUCAAUAAUUAUAGCAGCAUUAAUUGUAAAAAAUCAUACAACUUAUUCUGGUUGUACAUUAUUUUCAAAUGAUACAACAAUGUACUUAUAUCAGCAAUGA